AUGACCAGCAAACGAGCCCCGCUGGCCAAUGUGCCCAACGCCGUCAACUCGCCCUUCCGUCCCGUCACGGCCGGCAAUGGCAAGCGCACGCGAGCCCAGGCGGGAGAGCUGCGAGAGGUGGAAGACGGACAGCCUCCGGCCAAGAAACAGAUCGUCGACCUUUCCGACGAUGAUGCGGAGAAUGUCGACCCCCGGAGGAGGAAUGGCGUCCCCGUCCAUGCCCUCGAAGGCGUGGAGGAGCCUUUUGCUAAGCGCACUGCCAACGCUCCGCCCACCGUCUUCGAGAAGAAGCUCAAUGCUGUCCGUGAGAGGCGUCCGCCCCCUCCUCAACGCAAUGACCAGCCGCAGAAGCAGGCGGGCGACAAUCUGGAGAGCAUUCGCCAGUGGAAACGUCAUUACAAGCGCCAAUUCCCCGGCUUUGUCUUCUACUUCGAGAGCGUGCCGCAGGAUAUCCGUCUCAAGGCCGCACGUCAACUACAACUGCUAGGGGCGCGUGAAGAGAAGUUCUUCUCCAAUGCCGUCACCCACGUCGUCACCACUCGAUCCAUCCCUCCCGAACUCGUCGCCACCAGCCCGGAUGAGGAUCCCAAAUACAAUGCCGCCCAGACGGUCCAGCCGGCUGCCCUGACGCAGGAUCAGCGAAAGACGACCGAUCUUCUUGAUGCCAACCUGCAGCGUAGAGCUCAGACUCAGUCUAACCCCGUCUUUCACGAUGCCGACGCGCGCAGAUCUCACGCGCAACGCGCAGACAUCCUGACCCGUGCUCGCGAGCUCGGCAUCAAGAUCUGGGCGCUGGAGAAGAUGCAACGUGUGUUGAAGACCAUGUUUGAAAUCGAGACAGAUGACCAGCCAGACCCUCACGACCCUCGCGCUGCAGUCCCUCCAACCAGAUCCGCCCCCAAGCCUUCCAACGAUGCCGACCUCGAACAACUGCUUCGACAUGAGAAGAUCAAUGGCCCAGCCGACCGAGACAUGACUGUCUCCGCUCAGGAUAUGACUGUGCUGAAGGGCUACUUCCUUUACAUCCACGACAUGGAUGAGAAGACCCGUCCGGUCUUGGUUCGCGACUACCCCAAGGUUGCAAGCAAGGAACAGGGCACGUGGCCGCAAUUUCGACUGACCCCUAUUGGUCGAUGCCCAUUUGUUGACGACCCAGCGCACACCAAGAAGCUUCAGCAACAAGAGCGCGAGGCUCAAGCCGCGGCGACUGCUGAGCAAGAACUCGCCUCGCAGCGCAAGACCCGUGCUGCCGCCACGUAUCCGCCAUUGACGGAGCGUGACUCGAACCUGCGCCGUUCUCCCCGAAAGGUGGCUGCACAGGGCAAGGUCGAGCUAUCAAAGCCGUUGGAUCCGCCCAGAAACAUCCCACCCAAGCGUCAAUCAUCCGCCGGGACCAUGCCCAAUCUGUUUGGCAGCUUCCAGCAGAAUGCGCGUGGUCUGCCACGCAUGAUCGGCGGAGAGCCUGUUGCUUCAGGGCUGCAACCCUCCAACGUCACCUCGGCCAUCCGCUCACAGGCAAUCUCUUCCACUGCCAUCUCGUCCACUGCCGCGGGUGUGAACCGACGCGUGGGAGAUAGCAAGGAAGUGUCUGCUCUGAAACGCAAGGUCCUCACCGAGCGUGGUGCGAGCGUGACGUCCACCCACAGCAUGCCGUCUUCCUACAUGAACGACGUCCGAGCCGCAAUCAACGACGACAUCAACCCUCCCCCACGCGCGGCGAAGAGACGCGCCCAGGAGACGCUUGGGGUGCUGCACGAGGACGACGAGGAUCAUGGAGAGACUGUAGGUCCAACGCAUCGAAGGCCGGCGGCCCCCAGGAAACGCAAGCCGGCUCAGAAGGAGCCGAAGCCGGGGUAUUGCGAGAACUGCCGCGAGAAGUUUGAUGAUUUUGACGAUCACACCCUUUCCCGCAAACACAAGAAGUUUGCGCUCGCUCCCGAGAACUGGAAGGAGCUUGACGCUCUUCUAGUCCAGCUCAAGCGACCACACAAGUCGCUCUAA